AUGAACAAUAACAGCAAGAUGCAAAUCCGAGAAUCACUCGCCGUAGAGGUGGACGGCACAACGGUCCAAGGGCCCCGGGGCUACCUUAUCACACGGACGACGCUGCUGGCCACAGUUGCCAUCGUGUGCUGCCUUCUGUUUGGCUCCGGACUGCUGAUUUAUCACUUUGCCUCUUGCGAGGAGCAUCUUCUUGGGUCCCUUCCGCAUACGACAAUCUGCGAACAUCAACACUCAUCGGCAUCGCACCAGCACCAGCAUCAACAGGUUCUGGCCGUUACCGAAGUGCCGCCUGUGACCUCUGCGGUAGUGACCCAGGCACCUAUCCACACGGACGGUGUGCCUACCGACAGCGGCCUACCGGGCAACACCGGAACCGAUGCCAUGGCACAACCUUCGUCGAACGACAGCGACACGGCGAUUACGUCAGCGGCUCGGGAGAACUUGCGCCUGCCUCGAUCGAUCGAACCCGUUGCGUACGACAUUCGGCUCGUACCGUGGCUGGUGGAGGACAACUUUACCUUCCACGGCACGGUAGAAAUCGUCGUCAACGUGCUCGAAGGCUGCGACAACGUGACGCUCCAUGCGGCUGCCCUCGUCAUCCACGAGGCAACCGUGGAGCGGCGGAUGGUGGAUGAACAGGCAGGAAAAUCACCGUCAAAUGCAGACGGGGAAACUACGGAAAAUCCGAUAGUAGAAAGGAUCGAAAUCGACCGUAACCUUACCAUCGACAGCAAGCAGUUCUAUGUGCUGAUGCUGAAGACGCCCCUUCGCAAGGGCGAUCAGUAUGUGGUCCGGCUUCGUUACGAGGGCGUACUGAAUAACUAUCUGCAAGGGUUCUAUCGCAGCUCGUAUACAGCGAACAAUGAAACGAGGUGGACUGCUACGACACAAUUCCAACCAACGGAUGCACGACGUGCCUUUCCGUGUUUCGAUGAGCCUGCACUUAAGGCACGGUUCAACAUCAGCAUUGCCCGACCAAAGGAUAUGGUCUCACUGUCCAAUAUGCCUCGGUUGCGUUCCUACGAUGCAAGCGACAUCGAGGGUUACGUGUGGGACGUUUACCAGCAGUCCGUACCGAUGUCCACGUACCUGGUGGCAUUCGUCGUGUGUGACUUCCGCAACCUGACGGAGGGUAACUUUUCGGUUUGGGCGCGUUCCGACUCGAUCCGAUCGGCUCAGUACGCGCUGAGCGUCGGUCCGAAGUUGCUCAAGUUCCUGGAGGACUUUUUCCACAUCGAGUAUCCGCUGCCCAAGGUGGACAUGAUUGCCCUGCCGGAUUUCAGUGCCGGGGCGAUGGAAAACUGGGGCCUCAUAACGUACCGCGAGACGGCAAUGCUGUACGAGGAGAACGUGUCCGCCCUCAGCAAUAAGCAACAUGUGAUCACCGUUGUGGCGCAUGAGCUCGCCCACCAGUGGUUUGGCAAUCUGGUGACACCCUCGUGGUGGACCGACCUAUGGCUGAACGAAGGUUUCGCCAGCUACAUGGAAUACCUCGGGGUGGACGCGGUUGAACCGAAGUGGAAGCCGAUGGAACAGUUCGUGGUCAACGAGCUGCACAAUGUGUUCUCGCUGGACGCCCUCUCGUCGUCGCAUCAAAUUUCGGUAGAGGUGCACAAUCCGGAGGAAAUUCAUGAGAUUUUCGACAAAAUUUCCUACGGCAAGGGUGCCACCAUCAUCCGCAUGAUGGAUCACUUCCUCACGACGGACGUGUUUAAGCGGGGACUGACGAACUAUCUAAACGAAAAAAAGUACCAGAGUGCAAACCAGGAUGAUCUGUGGGAAUAUCUCACCAACGAAGCUCGACGAGGGGGCAUCUUCGAUGAGUACACUUCGGUGAAGGAAAUCAUGGACACUUGGACGCUGCAGACCGGAUUUCCCGUGGUAUCCGUGCUACGCAACUACGACAUGAACAGCAUCGUGUUUCGCCAGGAACGGUUCUCGUUUGCAAAUGCCCUUAACGUUUCCGAUGCGGCCCUGCUGGGCGAGCGGUUCCUUUGGUGGAUUCCGAUAACCUACACCACACUCGGCGAAAGUAAUUUCCGCCAGACGAAGCCAAAUAUUUGGAUGAAAGCCGAGGCAUCGUUGGAAAUGAACAAUCACGACAUUCCCAGCCACGACUGGAUUGUGGUGAACGUGCAACAGACAGGAUACUAUCGAGUAAACUACGAUCAACGCAACUGGCAAAUGAUAGUUAGUCAUCUGCAAGACAGAACCAAGUUUCGAUCGAUAGCGGCCUCAAAUCGUGCGCAGCUGAUCGAUGACGCGUUGAAUUUAGCCCGUGCGGGGUACUUGGACUACGCGAUUGCACUGAAUGUUACCCGAUACCUCGAGCACGAGACAGACUACGUACCGUGGAAGACAGCCAUUGCUUCGUUAAACUACAUCGACUCGAUGCUCAUCCGUACCAGAAAUUACGGACUGUUCAAGAAAUACUCAUUAGAGUUGAUGGAAAAGAUCUACGCAGAAGUAGGCUUCGAGGAUCACCCCGGUAAUGAUUUGCUGGUUGUGUAUAAGCGAAUAAGUGUGCUGAAAGCUUUGUGCCACUUGGGAAGCAAGGAUUGCGUUAAUAAUUGCAUUCGCAAAUACUACGAUUGGAUGCAGCAACCAAAUCCGGACAUUAACAAUCCAAUUUCACCCAACCUCAAAAGUACCGUGUACUGCACGGCCAUCAAAUAUGGCGACGAAACAGAAUGGGAUUUUGCCUGGGAACGGUUCCAGAAGGCGACCGUUGCAAGCGAGAAGGAGAUUCUUCUCUCCGCCAUGGGUUGCUCUCGGGUACCGUGGAUACUGACGCGAUACCUCGAGAGCUCGAUGUCUGACGAGUCUGGCAUUCGGAAGCAGGAUGCAUUCCGAGUGUUCUUGUCCGUGGCGGACAAUGUCAUCGGUCAGUCACUCGCGUUCGACUAUAUGCGCAACAAUUGGUCAAAAUUGAAGGAAUACUUCGGUGCUUCUAUGUCAAACUUGAACAUUAUUCUCAAGUACUCGACGAAACGGUUCAAUACCGAGUCGGAGCUACUAGCGCUCAAGGAGUUUGCCGAAACACAUUUGAAAGAUAGUGGCCGCACCAUACAGCAGGCAAUUGAGCUGACGGAGGCAAAUAUUGCGUGGUUAAACCGAAACGCGCAGCCGAUUGUUAAUUGGCUUAAUGAGGUUUAGGAACGUAGUGUGGUCUCUUGGCCAGUUCGGGGUGGAACAGUGGACUUAUCCAAAGCGUAAAAGAUCGAGGUAGCAACGGCUAGCCGGUAGUAACUCAAUUAGUUGC